AUGUCCGACAAUAUCGCAGACAACCUCAAGCGCCACUGGCACGGCACCGCCGGCGAUCGCUACGAACACCUCAACGUCUGGACAAACGGUGGCUCCAAGGGUCCCGCCAGCCGUGCCGCAUGGGCUCUAACGCCUGAAAUGCAGGCUGCCGAAGCUAAACGCCGAGAAUCCGUCGGCUCCGCCUCCUCCGCCAACAGCGGCUCCCCGACAACCCCCUCCGUCCAUGACCGCCGCCGCUCAAGCGCAGGCUCUGGUUCCGGCGCUGGCCUGUUCUCCUCGCUGAGUUCGCAGAAGCGGGAGUCUGCGGAUGCGAAUAUGGCGGCGCGGAGGGCGAGUUGGAAUGAGCAGCGGGAGCAGGGGGGUUUCUUUUCGAAGUUGUGGGAGGGAUAUACGCGGGGGAGUAAGUGA